AUGCCACACGCAGGUCCCAUGGACUUCCAGGCCCUCAUCCUGUGUGGCCCUGGAGGUUCACUCAAUACAUUCACCUCCAGACCCGAAGAGUAUCCAAAGUGCCUCAUUCAAGUUGCAAACAGACCGAUGGUAUUCUAUGCCAUUGACUUUUGCAGACGAUCAGGUGUCAUGGAUAUCACAUUGAUCACCCCUCCACUGUCCUUCCAGCCCCUUCGGACCGCCUUGGACCAGAACCCAUACCUUACAUCGUUCUAUUCACCCUCAGUCUCAGUUGUCGCCCCGAAGGACCUCGAAAUGACAAUGGGAACCGCCGAGCUCCUCCGCCUCCCGGAAGUGCAGAAAUGUAUCACCAAAAAUUUCCUCCUUCUUCCCUGUGACCUCAUUUGUAAAAUCCCCAGAGAGUUAAUCCUCGAGGCGUGGAUUGCCAAUCAGUAUGUCGACGAUGGCAGCGAUUCUAAAGCGGGUCACCAUGCAUCCCCUCCAACUACUUCCUACUUCGAUCGUCAGCUGCAAACUCGGUCCGGCGGUCUCGCUGUGUAUUACCGGACAGACAAUCGAGAGGAGAGCGUCCCGGAGGAAGCAACUGAUUUCAUAGCCAUCGCACCUCUCCAGCAGAACGAAGCACCAGUUAUCCACGGCCCCGAGGGACCGACAAUCCCACGAUUCAGUCUAUCCAAACUCCUCAUGUCAAUGCCGAUGACCACAAUCAAGGAAAAGAUAAAACAAGACAAAAGCCUGCUCGUUCGCCAUUCCCUCGUCGAGAAUUGUCCGCGUAUCAGGGUUCUCACCACCUUCCGUGAUGCCCACGUCUACGUCUUCCCCUACUGGGUUAAACAUCUAGUCCACCAGCAACGCAAACUGGAAUCCAUUAGCGAGGACUUCGUCGGCAACUGGGCCAAGUCAGCAUGGCAGAAAGGUCUCGGCGACAAGCUAGGUCUGACCAAGAACUUCAACCAAGACACGACUCCCGCCCAGGAGAGUGAAUUGUUCACACCCGAAAUUCACACUGGUGCAUUCGUCGACAAAAUAAUCGACCUCAGGGACAUGAGCACGACCAGAAGCCACUCUUCCAAUAUGCAGCCGGAGCAGUUUUAUCAAUCUAUUGAAAUGCCGCACAUGCUAGCCUACGUCCACCGAGAAUCGACCCCGUUCAUCCGACGAGUCGACAACACAGGUGUCCUUCUUUCAACCUCCCUUCUCCUGGCUAAACUGCCAUCCAUUGAGGAAGUCGGCCGCAAGGAUGCGUCCCCUUUUGCACACGCCCAUAAAGUUGCCUACCCCGAGGGCGUGACUUCGCCUAGCACUGUUACAAAGAAGGAUUGUCUCCUUGGCGAGAAUGUGAUUGUUGCAGCGGGUGCUGUUAUCAAGGAGAGCGUGAUUGGUGCAAACUGCCAUAUUGCUGGCGCUGCCCGUAUCAUGCGUUGUGUUUUGAUGGAGGGCGUUGUCGUUGAGACUAGGGCUGAAUUGACCGGAUGCGUGAUCGGUCGACGAGCUCAGAUUGGUCGUGAAUCGGUGCUGAGGGGGUGUGAGGUCCAGGAUGCUACUGUGAUUGCAAAGGGAAGAAAGGCUAGGGACGAGAAGUUCAUGGUUUCAGAGGAUUUCUGUGUCUAG